UAAAUACAAGUCAGUAUAGUUUAAACUGUUGUCUAUCAUGUUGGACAUAGAUUUCGAUCGUCCUGGUACAUUUUAUCCGGGCGACACAUUCACUUGUACCGUUGAUGUUCAGUCGUGGUUUAAAAUCAACUGUAAAUAUGUGAAGGUGCGAUUACGUUGCCCGUACCGGAAAAGUGAAGUGGAAGUGUUCCGAGUGUACGAAAUCGCCAAUCAGAGGAUCGACACUGGUGAAGAUGAGUCAGACUAUCGAAUUGGCGGGAAAGCUGAAAAUAUUGUGUUACAACGAGGACGGAAUCGCUUCAUUGUUUCCUGUAAAAUACCUGACGUUCCAGAUGAAACCUUCAAGAAAUAUUCCAACGUCAUAAGAUGCAGUUUCAAAGUAACAGUCAACGCAAAUUGGCUGCCCAAACGAUGUUGUCUGGACUGGUUUGUAUUAGCACCGCGCACAGUUGCUGAAGAAAUUUUCGAUAAAAUCGAGGACAGCGGUCAUAAAGUAUUCAGCAGCAUACGCAGUAGAAUACGAGGUGUCUUUGCGAAAAAGAACCGAGCAACAUAAUCCAAGCACUUGUAUUGGCAGGCUACGCAGACUCUUUCAAUCGAGAUAAAAGCA